CACGUGACCAUCUACUUCCGUUUCUCCUCUGGACAUCUCCGUUGAAUGACGGUGAUUCUGCCAAACACAGGGCCAUUAAUUUAAAACUAAACAACACAAAUCCAACCGAUCAUAAUGAAGAACUCCCAAUACAGACAAGGGUGUUGCACUAAUGUAUCUAGAACCUGACUCCAGUUAGUAAGUUAACUCCAUCCUCCGUCAAACCUCUUUCUGACCAAUUACAUUUUCCAAGAAUGUGUCAUCGGCUUGAAGAUAUCAUGAAGCUCUGCUGUGAGUUAUCUGCUGAUAAACAGAUCCAGACCACAGUCAAGGGCUCUGGCAAAGGGGCAGCAACAGCUGGAGGCCUGGCCUUUGCUGGAGGCUUGGUUGGUGGCCCUCUUGGUAUUGCAGUCGGUGGUGCUAUUGGAGGCCUUCUUGGCUGUUGGCUGACCAGCGGUCAGUUCAAACCUCUUCCUCAGGUCAUUAUGGAGCUCAGUCCUCAGCAGCAGCAGAAGCUAUAUGCUGAUCUGGUCGCCAUCCUUGGGGAUAUUCAGUGGACCGACGUGGUGCAGCUAACUGGUCUUGUCAUGAGUAACAUCAGUCUGAAGCAGCAGCUCACGGCAGCGCUUCUUGGAUUUGUUACUAAGGAACUCCAAGCAAACGUGCACUAUGUGGACUAGUGUGUUUAAGUGCACAGGCUCCAUGCCCUGACUUUUGGUAAGGACAUGACUUAGUGCGUGCCCGAACAGACUGCUAAGUGCUUUCCAGAAACAACAGUAGGAUACACUGACUUAUACUGAGAACAUAUUUAUUUGUGUGUAAUCCAUUGUGCCAUUGUUGUUUUUUGGUUGUUGUUGGGAGCACACAUCCAAAAUUAUCCUCUUGUGAAGUCAACUCCUUUACCUGGGAAUGAUACUUGUGUGACCAGGAAAUGAAUAAUGUAUUGUUCAUGUUUAUUCUGAACUGUUUUCACUACUAUGAUUGAAGCUGCAAUUCAGUGAAGAUCUACAAUGAUCCCUCGCUAUUUCGCGGUUCGUUUAUCACGGCUUCAGUGCAUCGCGGAUUUUUUCAAACAGUCCUAUUUUUUUUUAAGUCCGCAAGAUGCAACAAAACAGCGAGUCACAUAGAGCAACAUAUACAGUACUACAUGUAUAUGUUUACUGUAUUUUGUUAUUCAUAAACUAACCUAACUUAUGCAUCCUCGUUUCUAGUUUUAUGUUGAGAGGGACGAAAUUUCAUCCAGCACAUUUGACAAUAAAUAGAAAUCGAAGGUUUCUUUAAUAGGGGUAACAGUUCAGGUGAUCUUCAUCAGGUAAGUUGCCACUGAAGGCUCAUAACCAAUGUAUGAGCACAGGAUCGGUUCAAACUCAAAACAGCGAGACAAUCCAGCAGUCUACAACGAGGAUGAAAAGCAAAACUUGCAACAAUACUGUACGAAACAGGUUUUUAUUGACAAUUAAAUAGAUGAUUUUCACCUCCACCUCA